GCGCCCGACUCCCGCGGCAGCCUCAGGCAGCUCGCGCGCCGUCUCGCAGUCGUCUCGCGCGGCGACAAAAGGGGUAGGCCGCGACCGAGAUCAUGCUGGCGAAUCCCAAUCCCGGAAGAGCUUGUUCUAAUCAGCGUUGCUCGAGCGCCACCCGCGCUUCCUGGAAAAUCCUCAUUUGCUUCCGCGACUUUCCGGCCCCGGCGGUCUCUUCAACUUGCAAAAUUUGCCCGCCCCCCGCCCCGCCGCUCCGUCCAGCGCUCGGCCUUCGCCGGCGGUCCCCACGGCCGGCUGACGUCCGGUGCCGGCCGCGCUCGGUCCGUGCGGGACAAGGUUGGUUGUCCAUGCGCGAGCCAUGUUUUGUCUGCAGCGAGCUCGAAGGUGUUGCCGUCCUCAAGCCCUUGCCUGCUCACCUCUCGACGACCACCUCUGCUCUCUCACCAUGCCGUUCCCCUUCAGCUUCAGCCUCGCUGCGCCCGGCAUCACCAACCCGUUCGCUGUUACUGAACAGCCGGCGCCUCCUUUCCAUUAUAGCACUGACGUCCAGCAUACUUCCGUUCCGCAUCGCCGGCCACCCUCUCCAUCGCUGCUUCCCCCACGAUCCCGGAAAAGGGGAUGGGUGCCUUCCUCUGCUGAACCCAGUCGACCGACAUCCUUUCAUACGUCCACCAGUGGCUAUCUCGACACCCCCGCAAAGUACAGAGACAUGGCUUCCGAAUCAGCGGAGCAGGACGAGGUAGAGGAUAUGGUUGCAGACCUUCCUCCCCCCAAGCGCCGGAGAACGCUUGCUGGCUCUAUUGUCUCGACUGCGCUGAGCGCUGCUCUCAUCGGGACCGCUGUUGGCCUUACUGUGUAUCGCCUGUGGAGAGAUCGUGGCAAGCACCCCGAGAUUCUUCCACCGCCUUAUGAACAAGGAGGCUGGGUACCACCACAGUCCGAACAGGCACCCGCCCCGGAAACACCGAAAGUGGUAGUCACCGCGCCGACGACUCCUCGCUCCAAGAAGUCUCGUCACGUUGCCGGUCGACGCACUGUCCCGCGUCACCGCAAGACGCCCUCUCGUGUACAAGGGUCGACCUCUCAUUAUGCCACCGCCUCCUCUUCCUAUGCCUCCCGUGCCCCCAUUCCCGCCGAGUUCAGCUUCGCCAGCGGCUCGCGGUCAAGUCCGCCGCAACCUGAAGAGGAACCUGACGUCGACGACCAGAUGUCCUGGAUCGGCGACAAACUCGCACAUCUCAUCGCGGAGGGUCAAAAGGCGCUCGGCAAGGAGAUUGUCAUCAUGAGCGAGGACAAGGAGGACGAGGUCGACGACGGCUCCGGCGCAUGGGUCGAGGAGGACGAGCCGGUUCAGGGCUCGAGCCGCUCCCCCGGCUUGCCACCGUACUCCCCCACUCCGUCAUCAAGAAGCUUCGCCCGGGGUGUCUCGGUCGACUCCGAUUCGCGGUCCGUCCGGAGUGCAUUUGCGGAGGACGAUUCCGCGUGGGCAAGUCCGGAGAUGCGCGAGAGCAUGGAGCGUGCGCGCAUGCGGUACAGGCAGAAGCGGGGACUCUAGUCCUGAUGGAGUCCUCCGUUUCUGCCGUUUUUACGCACGCCGUGGCUCCCCGCCCUCCGUCAGGGCCGUGCUUCUGGCGGGUUUCAUUCCGCCCUCUUCCUUUGUGGACUCGCCGCAUUCAACCUGACGCUUCUUGUUACGACACGAUUAGAUACGACCCCCCACGCCCCCCUCUGCCCGUCCAUUGCAUCGCUUAUCGUAUUCGCACUUACCACAUACAGCUCCUCCCCGCUCUCGCGGCCACACCAUCACUUGCAUUCUUUAGCGUUAAAGUAGUAGGAUUAGGUUAUUCUGUGUUAUCUAUGUAGCAACAACAACCCGCUUCCC